AUUUGCUUUUGAAUGCCCAAUGUAUGUUAAUUGAAAUGCCACCUAGUCCAUAAGCCUGGGGCCUUGUUUUCAGUUUCGAACGUGCUUUAAGAUGAAUUGAAUAUGUAUCCGCACAAAAACGAUAACACUUCAAACAGCAUAUGAGAAAGUACAAGUCCCAAAACCAACCAUUUUUUUGAUACUAAAAUAGUCACCUCCAUUUUUGUGGAUAACUGCUUUGGCUGUGGGACAAUUCAUUUGUUAUCUUAUUACUCAAUAGUAUAAAAGAGGAAACGUGCUGAUCGGAGUUUUGAAUACCUACUCCAAAUAGGGCUUUGUGUUGAUCUGUUUCAGGAUGACUGAUUCAAUGAAUUUUGGUCCAGACUGGAUUCGCAACUUGUCUUCUGAAGGAAGUACAGGAAUUACUGGUGGAGGCACAGGUGGUGGGACACGGUAUCAGCUUGCAGAGUAUCGAUAUGGGAGAGAGGAGAUGUUGGCAUUAUUUGACAAAAAUGCCAAACCUCCUGCCUCAAUUACUAACUUCAAAUGCCUCUAUUCAGAACAGUGUCUAUCACCUUUAGCAUUGCUACCAACAACUGAAGAAGAAAUGCUUGCCUCCCAGCAGCAAGCGCCGGUGAUAAGGGGGUGGCAGAACCGUCCUGGCGCCAGCGGAGGGGGCCUCGGAGGCGGCGUGCCCAGCCUGGGCCGGGGUGGCAUUAGGGGCGGCUCCAUGGACAGAGGAGGAAGACCGAGCAGGGGCAGGGGGUACCAGUACGGUGGGGGCGGCCGCGGCGCGUAUGACGGGAGUUGGGGCGGGCCGGGGACUGCUGGCGGCCCCGGAAGUGUGCAAGCUGACCCGACCAGUGAUCAGUGGAGUCCCAGGAAGGAGUAUAGUGGAGGGAGAGGCGGCAUGGAGAACUGGCGUCGCUCUCGCCCGUUGUCCGACGAUCACCUUGGCGGCGAGCCAGGCGGCAGCCACGAUGGGGCGGGAUGGCGCCGUAUGCCCGCCCCCACGUCUAGCAUGUUCGAAAAGUGGGGGCGGUCGACCAGCUGGCGAGACUCAUCGGGGGCCGGGGCAGGCGGCGAUGACGAUCGUCUGCCUACCGAGAGGCAAAGGGGCAGUUGGAGCAGCGGAGGUGGUGAAGGGCAGGGUGGAGGAAGGCCAACACUGAGACGGCCCGGAGGCGGCGGCGGAAGCUGGGACCACGAGGACCACCUGCCCGAAUGGGCCACUGAGAACCCGGCGGAUGGGGGCGGGUCGUUCGAUGACAAGGGGGCUUUUCAUGGAUCGGACGACGAGCAGUUGGAUGGAAGAGUCACGCAUAGACGGGAACCAAGCCUUCAAAAAUCAUCGUCUCAGCAACACAUCUCUACUAAAGCACAUCCCCCUCCUCUAUCAUCAUCUAAAUCAUCCAUGUCCCUUGUUAAUAAACCUGAAGAUUCGGCCAGAAAAAAAGAGUCUCACAAGUCUGGCGAAAAUCAAAACCAAAUGAAGGAGAAUAAUGCAAAGUCUGAAAGGAAAAAAUCAGUUCCUAGUAUUCCAGAAAAGGUAGAUAAGGACAUGUUAGUACAAGAGAGAGCAAAAUCUGAAGGACCACAAAGGUCGACUUCUUCUACGUCUACCACCACAGAGUCACAACAGGUGGUUGCAAAUGGCCCACUGCCAAAUAAGUCGAGGACGUCGGAAGAGCCGGACUUCGAGAAACUUCAAGAAGACUUCGUAUUGAAACUAGUCGUGGACGAGGAACCACCCCGCAGACUGCAGCAGCAACAGCACCAACGGCAACCUCCUGCUGGCUUCGAAGCUCCAGCGGGGGUCAGCGUGACGUCAUCAACGGUAGUGCCGCCUAAUUUGGCACCGCCACCCGCCAUGCAUCAUCAGCAAACCACCCCGCAUAACGACAAAUGGUUCUAUCAAGAUCCUCAGGGGCAGACUCAGGGACCGUUCACGGACUUAGAGAUGGCAGAGUGGUACAAGGCGGGGUAUUUCAGUAAUCAGUUGAAGGUCCGGCGUCACCAUGACGAGCGCUUCUUCCUCCUAGGCGAACUGAUCGCUUUGUGCGGCGGCGCGUCAAAUCCGUUCUCGAUGGCUGUGCUCCGGAUCCCGCCUCUGAAGGCUGACGCAACGGGGGCGGGCUCUUUGGGCGCCGCCGCCUCGCCUACAGUGGGAGUGGGCGGCAAAGACGCAGCGGCGGCCGCGGCAGAACUCCUACAGCUGCAAUACCUGCAGAUGGCUGCCUACAAGCAGGCGCAAGCGAGGGCGGCUAUGGCGGCAGAACCGUGGGGCGCGGCUGCGGCGUUGCAGCACGAGAUGGCCGCAGCGCAACAGAGGCUCAUCAUGCAACAGCAGGUUCCACAGGAUCUUCAGUAUAUGCAACAGCCACCGACGGCCAAUCCACUGAUGCACAUGAUCAACCAAAUGCAACAGGCCAAUAAGCUUCCAGGCCAAGGAUUGGUGGACCCGAAACCACCGAAUAUGCCUGGAACUUUGGAUCCACACCUGCAAUUGCAUGUCGGUAAUUUGUUGUCAAUGCAGAAUCGAAUUCCUCCUGCUGGUCUUGCCAACAGUCUACCAACAGGGCUCGCGCCUCCGAUAACUGGCGGCGUGCCUCCCGAGACAAUCCCUAGCCUGCAAGCCGCCGCCGCCGCUGUAUCCUUGGGUCCCAACGGACUUCCGCUGACCGGCAUCGCAACUUCGGGGGCGGCGGCAUUGCCUAGGCCGCCCCCUGACCAGAUACCCGGGGCUCCAGGGGGAACGCCUCAACAGGACCAAGACCCGAUCAGUAGUCUGCUGAAACAGUUGCAGCAGCAGAAACAGCAGUCGCAACAAAUCGAUUCGUUGUGGCAACAGAAUCAAUUCGGCAUUCCUCCGUCAGCGCCUCCAGCCGGCCAAUGGUCGGCGCCCAACGAUGUGCCAUUGUCUAUGUGGGACAUCCAGAAAUCUGCUUCGCCCAUAUCUCAACCACCAUCUGCUGCACCGGUUGCACCCCUUUCACAGCAACAGAACCAGACACCACCCGUCAGCCAAAAUGUUCCACAGGUCAUGACAUCCAAAAAAAACGGAACAAUUUGCGGACCUGCUUCGCUAGAGAACUUAAAGCUCAAAACUCUGUUAAAUCUGGAUAAGCAGCUCCUAAACGACGACCAUAUGUUUACUUUGAGCUCAUGUUGUUUUUGGCCCCUUGUAUGCAAUCACGGCCUACUGAAGGCAGUAUUGAAAGUGAAUCAAACCAAGAUGACGCUGAUUUAUCAGAAGAAGCACAAUCACAGCCGCAACGAAAACGAAAAACUAAUCAAAGCGACUAUGAUGAACAAGUAUUAAAGGCGCUUCAAUCUAAUGAAGACGACGAUACUAAUUAUUGCUUAUCUUUGGUUCCUUUUAUGAAAGAGCUGACGUCUGACGAAAAAUUAGAAGUGCGUAUAAGAAUUUUACAAAUAUUCCAAGAUACGAAGAAGAAAAGAUUAUUGCCAAAUACAAUGUAUAACAUUCAGCCUAGCACUUCACAAUUUUCUAGAAGCUCCCGUCCGCCUAAGCGGGUUGCCCCUUCAACUUCCAUUCGGAUUAUUGCUGAUGAAAUUAUUCAGCCAAAACCAGUCCAAUCCACAAAUCAGGCAAUUUUUUCACAGCAUGUGACAGACCUUCAACAGCAAUAUAUCACAGAGCCACAAGAAACAGUUACCAUCUUUUCUACAGCUUUCAAGUCCGUCUGCGGAAAGUCAAACACCACCUCCGCAAUGUUCAACUCCAUCUCCACAUGAUAGUACCAUUUCUUCAUAUUGGGCAAAAUUCUCAGAGCAGUCAGAUUCAGAACUUAUUGAUUUGUAAAAGAAAAAAAUACUAAUUAGUCUUUAAUUUUGAUUAAAA